AUGCUUUUCCUUCGUCAGGAUCUGAGUCAGCAACACACAGAGAAGAAAUCCGCCUACCAGGCUCUGCUGACCAGUGAGGAGAGCCACUGCUUCCGUCUGGAGACGCAGGCAUCGCAGGCUCGUGAGUCAGCCCGAUCGGUUGAGGAUCGUUUUCACUAUCUUAUCGCCUUGCGUGGCCUUCACCAGGUUCAACAGUUUCGGGUGCAGGAAGAGAUGCGCAGCUAUGUGACUGGAGGCGCUCUUUCCGACGCAAGCGGAGGCUUGACUCCCUCAAUCAGGGCUGGAGAUCGUGGAGACCGCGGAGACGGUCGAGGCGGCAGAGAGGCGGGAUCAUCCAGUGGCGUCGGUGGAAAUGUUAGGCUUGAGUUGGCUGGUUCUGAUGCGACUCCGAUUCCAGCUUUGGCUCCGAAGCUUGGCACUCUGGUGCAAGACAAAAGACGCUGUCUUCGGUGA